ACCACGAGAAAAAGGGGGAAACCUGAGCAAUUAAACCCCCCAAAAAUAGAUACUCAAAACCACCAGACCGUAUCAUCUGCAAUUGAUUUCAUUAAGAAUUAGGGUUUUUUCAACGGAUGUUUACGAACCACAAUCACUCUAAUCUUCACUCUUGAUGCAACCGACAGUUACAAGGUUUGCCGAUCCUUCUUCUUCACCAACACUUCUUCCUGAUUUCAUAACUGCAAAUGUAUGAUUGCAUCAUUACUAAAUUCAACUCACUUCCUGUUAAAUGUCAACAAUUUUUCGGCUUUAGCAGAAAUUGACGACUUUGGGAUUUAUGAAGUGCUGAUGUUAGUUAUUGAGUUGUAGUGUUCACGAUGGAACCGAUACUGGUAGAUAGUUCGACAGACAGUGAAUCGAGUGAUUGGGAUCUAGAACAAUAUAAAAAUUACAAGUCACCUGAAAGGGAUUCAGCUACUUCAGCGCCUAAUUCUAGUGUUAUUUCUACCUUUGCGUCUUCAUCAGGGACAAGUAACGCAGGUCACCAUGGAUCAAGUCAGCGGGCUCCUAUUAGGAAACCGUCUAUAAAUGGUCACUCGUCUGACGUUAAUUAUGAUUUGGAUCGCCAGCUUCAGAUUAUUCUCAGUUCAAGUGAAAAUUUUGAAAAUUCUAAAAGAAAGCUUCCACAAUCUCUUCAAACAUCGUCAUCUGGUUCUAGGCCAAGUGUUCGUGCAAAAAGUGUAGGCACUAGUCAAAAUCAUGAAACUUUUUACGACAAUGAAUGGCAAAAUCUUGUCAAAAUGGGAGAAAAUUCCAGUAGGGCCAAUAAUGAUUUAAUGAAGGAAAACCACCACGGAAGUAGGGUUCUACCACCGUCAAUGAGGUCCCUAAUGCCUGUUCCAAAACCACAAGCGGGAGAUGUUGAUGAACAAGCGGUUGGUGAUGAGAGACAAAUCUUACAAGUAGCAUUACAGGAUUUUACUCAAUCCAAAAAGGAAGCAAAUUUACCAGACGGUAUUCUAUCAGUCUCUCUUUUGAGGCACCAGAAAAUUGCAUUGGCGUGGAUGAUUCAGAAUGAAAAUAGAAUCGUCGCUUGUUCUGGUGGAAUUUUGGCUGAUGACCAGGGACUUGGUAAGACAAUUUCAACGAUUGCACUUAUACAAUAUCAUAAACUUUCAUCGAAACCAAAACCAGAUGGUUCCAACGCUUCAAAAGCCGAAGCUUUAAGUUUAGAUGAUGAUGAUGUGAAACCGACAGUAGUUGUAGAUGCAGACCAAAACGAUGAAUCGGUAAUAACUGAAUCCGGUAGCUCAACACAGCGGUUUAGUAACCGAAAACCGACAGCAGGAUCGCUGGUUGUGUGCCCUGCAAGUGUGUUACGACAGUGGGCCCGCGAACUCGAUGAAAAGGUUACAGAAGAAGCCAAGCUUGAAGUUCUAGUCUAUCACGGUGGCAACAGGACCAAAGAUCCUGCUGAGCUGGCACGAUACGAUGUAGUCCUUACAACAUACGCCAUUGUUGCAAAAGAAGUCCCGACUAAAGUUUUUGACGAAGAAGAUGAAGAUGAUCAAGGAAAUGGUGGAUUCAAUGCUAUAUUUGCUAAUAAGAAACGAAAGGGUAAUUCUGGAAAGAAAAAGAAGGGUAAAAAAGGAAUUGACGGUUCUGUCAUUGAUUGUAGUGGUACACUUGCGAAAGUAAGUUGGUUAAGGGUGAUAUUAGAUGAAGCUCAGACGAUUAAAAAUAGCAGAACACAGAUGUCGAAAUCUUGUUGUGGUCUUAAAGCUAAAAAACGGUGGUGCUUAUCUGGAACACCUAUACAGAAUAAUAUCGAUGAGCUUUUCAGUUAUUUCAGAUUUUUGAGAUGUGAUCCGUACGCCAAGUAUAAAUCUUUUUGUAAUCAAAUAAAGAUUCCGAUAUCGAGAAACUCAAUGCAGGGUUAUUUAAAACUUCAAGCUGUGUUGAAGGCAAUAAUGCUUCGUCGGACAAAAGACACUUUGAUUGACGGUAAGCCGAUAAUUGACUUGCCUCCUAAAACAAUAAAGUUGACUGCGGUUGACUUUUCACCUGAAGAAAGAGCUUUCUAUCAGAAGCUUGAAACUGAAUCACGCUCACGAUUUAAGGCGUAUGCAGCUGCAGGUACCGUGAGUCAAAAUUACGCGAAUAUCCUUCUGAUGCUUUUGCGGCUUCGACAAGCUUGUGACCACCCGUUGCUAGUUAAGGGAUUUACGUCAGAAUCUGUCAGUCGACUUUCUACAAGAAUGGCAAGGAAUCUCCCGAUAGAUAUGCGAGCCAAUUUGUUAAAUCUUUUGGAAACUCUCAACAUAUGUUGCUUGUGCAGCGAUCCACCAGAAGAUGCAGUUGUUACGAUUUGUGAACACGUAUUCUGUUAUCAGUGUGUAUCCGAACACUUAACAGGUGAUGACAACACAUGUCCAUCACCAAAAUGCAAAAGCACAAUCGGGCCUGAUGUGGUAUUUAACAAAGCCACGUUAAGGAAUUCUAUCUCUGAUGAUAACGGUGCCAGCUCAUCAAGAAUCGAUGAGAAAUCUAUCGUUCUUCAGCGAGAUUAUACUUCUUCCAAGAUUAAAGCUGCAAUUGAGAUUAUUCGGAAAAAUUGCAGAACCAGAAGUUCGUAUUUAGGUGGCCGCAAUGGUGAUGCGUCUUCUAGUUCUGGUGUUGAAGGACCGAUAAAAGCAAUUGUGUUUUCGCAGUGGACGAGAAUGUUGGAUCUUUUUGAAAUGUCGCUUAAUCAGUAUAGUAUUGAAUAUAGGAGACUUGAUGGCUCAAUGUCUUUAUCUUCAAGGGACCGUGCUGUUAAACAGUUCAACACUGAUCCCGAGGUAACCGUUAUGCUGAUGUCACUGAAAGCCGGGAAUCUAGGUUUGAACAUGGUGGCUGCCUCUCAUGUUAUUCUUUUUGAUCUUUGGUGGAAUCCCACCACUGAAGAUCAAGCUAUUGACCGAGCUCAUAGAAUCGGUCAAACCCGCGCUGUUACAGUCUCCAGACUCACUGUUAAGGACACAGUUGAAGACAGAAUUCUUGCUCUCCAGGAUGAAAAGAGGAAGAUGGUUGCUUCGGCUUUUGGUGAAGAUCAAGGUGGAAUGUCAGCCCCUCGUUUAACUGCAGAAGAUCUAAGAUAUCUUUUCAUGGGUGGCCGUUAAAAGUUUAUUAGUUAGGUGGUACUUUUGGGCAUUUUUGUUAUUAGAUAAAAUGCUAAGCCCUGUGAAUAGUGGUCAUUUACCAUUGUUGUUUGUAGGAUGAUGUGAACUUUUUACCAUUUAGGAUGCAUCUUUGCAAGACAUCGUUUUAACUCUUUAUGUUUUGUUUUUUUUAACCAUGUUAUGUGUUAUGGUAAUGGUUA